AAUCGAACUGAAACCACAUAACAAAAAGAUCCAUUUCAGAGAGAUUUUCUGUCUAAUUUGUGUUAUCCACAGCGAGAGAUAGAGAGUCAAGGCUUAAGCGAGCGAUCUGUGUCGUAGAGAGAGAGGAUCAAAGCGGAAGCUCAAGCCAUGGCAACGACCAGCUCUGGUGAUCCUUCUCUUCCCACCCAACGAUUAUUAGGGAAAGUUGCAUUAGUCACUGGUGGUGCCACUGGCAUUGGAGAGAGCAUUGUCCGUCUAUUCCAUAGACACGGUGCAAAAGUUUGUGUUGUUGACAUCAAAGACGAACUCGGUCAGCGUCUAUGUGAAGCCCUUGAUGGCAACCUGAAUACGUGUUUUUUCCACUGCGAUGUCACCAUAGAGGAUGACGUCCGCCGUGCAGUUGACUUUGCAGUUGACAAAUUUGGCACACUUGAUAUCAUGGUUAACAAUGCUGGGAUGGCAGGACCCCCAUCUCCAGACAUCCGCAAUGUGGACAUGACAAUGUUUGAGAAGAUUUUCGAUAUUAAUGUGAAGGGGGUCUUCCUUGGAAUGAAGCACGCAGCUCGCAUAAUGAUCCCGAUGAAGAAAGGCGCAAUUGUUUCUCUCUGUAGUGUAGCAAGUGCCAUAGGAGGCCUAGGGCCACAUGCAUACACAGGUUCCAAGCAUGCGGUUUUGGGGCUUACCAAGAGCGUUGCAGCUGAGCUUGGAAUCCAUGGGAUACGUGUGAACUGUGUUUCCCCUUAUGCAGUUGCAACAAGCUUGGCUUUGGCUCAUUUGCCUGAGGAGGAGAGGACUGAUGAUGCCUUGGAAGGUUUUCGUGCUUUUAUUGGCAAGAACGCCAACUUGAAUGGCGUGGAACUUACUGUUGAUGAUGUGGCUAAUGCUGUUGUCUUCUUGGCUAGCGAUGAAGCAAGGUAUAUUAGUGGGGCUAAUCUCAUGGUUGACGGUGGCUUCACAUGCUCGAAUCACUCACUUCGGGUAUUCAGAUGAAGAAUAAUGUUCUUCAUGAAGCCAUGCUCGAAUCACUCACCGGUAUCAGACGAACAAUAAUGUUUUUCAUGUGAGGUUUCGGGAUAAAGUUGGAUAAAGUUGCUGAGUACUUUCUGGUUGUAAAAUUAUAGAUCUUUAUUUUUGUUGCUGAUCUGCACAAUGUUAGAAUGCUUGCAAUUUGUGUACUUGGUCAGUUAUAGAAACUGAAUUUGAAUAUUUGUGGAUAAAUUUAAUGGUACAUUUGAAUUUGUUUUUGAA